AUGCCGCCCCGGGUACCACUACCAAGCGCACAGCGCUUCGGCGCACUCAACCUAUGUCUGCGGCCGGCGCCUCAAGCAACACCCUCCCUCCUGCCCCUGACCCAAACCGCCACCCUCACCACCAAGGAGAAGAAGCGCAUCGCCAAGCAAGACCCCUACCGCUGGCAACAGAUGCAGCAGCGCAAGGCCGCCCACGACACCAUCAAGCAGCGCCUGGGCACCGAGCGUCAAGCCGCCUUCGGCGACCCCGUCCGCGGCCUCCAGACGCCCUUCAUCGAGUCCCUCGACUCGGCCGGCCAGGCCCCCUUAUCCCGACCCUGGACGGACGACGAGGGCAACCUGGUCGAGGAGCCGCACGCCCUGCCCACGAGCCCUGACGUGCUCAACAACCUCGUGUCCCGGGACGAGCUCGACGACGCCAUCCGGCACGCCUACAUCCUGACCAAGCCGCUGACCGAGGCCGAGGGCGCCGUCGUGGGCUCGGGGUCCGGUGCCGGUGCCCGUGACCUGGAGGCCGAACACGAGCGCAACCACGCCACGGCCGUCGAGGCCAUCAACCGGAUCGUGCACCUGGACAACGGCUCGGCCAAGGACCGGCUGCACGCCAACGUGCGGCGGAUCGUCGACACCUUCGGCAGGCACAGCACGGACCUGGAGCUGCGGCCCAGGGCCCUGGCGCGGGGUGUCGAGGAGCAGGAGAGGCCCGUCCGGGGAGGUCCCGACACCGGGUCUAGCGAGGUGCAGAUCGCCAUCCUGACGGCCAAGAUCAGGGCGCUGGCCAACGAGCUGGAGAAGGGUAGGGGAUACAAGGACAAGGUCGGCAAGCGGGAUCUGCGGCUGCUCGUGCACAGGAGACAGAAGCUGUUGCAGUACAUGCAGCGCAAGGAGAGGGGAAGCGAUAGGUGGCAUCACCUGGUCCAGACCUUGGGACUGAGUGAGGCUACCUUCAAGGGGCAGAUCACCUUGUAG